AGCACCGAGCGCCUCCACGAGCUUCCCCACAAACCGCUCACCGUCUCCCGGUGAACACGGCCAACGUUCCCGUCGACCAAACUCCGGAUCCCGCCUCGCUCCGCGCCGUGUGCACCAUGUCAUCCAAAAGUCAUCCUCCCCUCAUGAAGAAGCACAGUCAGACGGACCUGAUCAGCCGUCUAAAGAGCCGGAAGAUCCUUGGAGUUGGUGGCGAGGACGAUGAUGGGGAAGUGCACCGCUCCAAGAUCAGUCAGAUGCUCGGAAACGAGUUGAAGUUUGCAGUGCGAGAGCCGAUUGGGUUGAGGGUUUGGAUUCUCAUCUCUGCUGUGGGUUUCACACUAAUGGCCGUAACAGCUCUGGUGUUUCCCAACCAACUCUACGAGCUUGUUUUCGAGGAGGAGCUUUCCACAACUAGCAUCUCUGUUCGCCUUUAUGGAGCAGCGCUGCUCAGCCUCGCCCUCAUUAUGUGGAACGGUCUCUACACAGCAGAAAAGGUCAUCAUCCAGUGGACUCUCCUCAGUGAAGCCUGCUACUUUGCCGUCCAGUUUCUAGUGACGUGCGUCACCCUGAUAGAGAUCGGCAUCCUGCCCAGCGCCGCCAUGCUGCUGCUCCUCAGUCGAGUUCUCUUCUUCGUGGUCACCGUCGCGUACUACUACCACCUGGGCCGCAAGCCCAAGAAGAUCUGAGCCAACUGCGGCGCUUCAGCGAGGGGUGUUUCAGCACAAAUCACAGCUGGGGGCCAGCGGGUCUCAUUGCUUUGUAAGUAAAAGGCCUCAUACCCCCUUUCUGUGGGACCUGGCCUACUACAAACCCCACCAAAGUGAUAUUUAACUGACGAGCAGAGCGUCACAUGGCCAUCGAUUCAACAGGAACAAGAAACCUCAGCGUCACACGGAGCGGCUGGACUUCACACACAUUCCUCCUCUGCGUAGUUUUGAGUGCUGGACGCUGCGUCUGUGUGAAACUUUAAAGUGUAUAGGACAGACGUACCACCUGUCGGUGUUUCUCUACAGCUGUACGAUAUCCAGGUGAAGUGUUUCGUGUUUUUCUUUUCAUCUAACUACAGUUUCCUUUCUCACGCUCAAGGGUUUGUGCCAUUUGUUGUUUUUUGGACGUGAACUCAUAUUUUAUAUGUGAAAACGCGAACUGCCUUCCUCUGAGUUUCUAGAAAAAUCAUUAGAUGAGAUCAAUGCUGGAUUGUUGACACAGAAACACCUGAUGGGUUGAGUAUCCAGAAACUCUCUGUUCACCCGUUCGACCAAGACUGGUAAUUAUUUUAGUCUAAAAAUCUGUGUCUUAGUUUUGAAAUCUCAUAUUUGUCAGGCUUUAGGCUGAGAGUUUAUAAAGCACAACUAACCGUCAUGUUGUUAUGUGAACCUGUGAGGUGAAUCGAUCCAGAGAAACCAUACAGUUGUCUAUUAGGAGGAACUUUAACCUGACUGAAAAUCAAACCCUUCAUGUGUCAUUAGCUGGUCGAAUCAAGCAUGUCUUGUGCUUGAUCAACUAAUCUCUUAGUUAUGUAGCAUAGCUCGUUUUUUAAUGCCAUGCACCAUAUCCAUAGUCUUGCCUUAAAACAACUCAAAGAACAGUCAUCAGUUCUCUUGUAAAUAUGUAAGUAAGUAUUUAAUAUUAAGUGGUGUUCUUGUGAACCAAACAGGGAACUUGUUCAGUAUUAAUCAAUUGUUAUUAAAGGUUAAACCUUCUUUUAAUGUGUCUUAUUUUUCUACCUAUUUAAAUCAUAUUUUGUUGAGCCACCCGGGUGAAGACCUGUAGAAAAGCUUUGUCAUUAAAAACACAUUUUCAAUGGUGAGGAAAAGUUCAUAAUACACUAAUGUGAUAAAUACAUGUACAUAAAUUAAUAAUAAACACAAUAAAUAAAAUUGCAAAAUCCAUCAAAAAUGUACAAAAAAAUUCAUAAUUUUUCAUAACUGCACCCCAAGUUAAAACAAAAUUUAUAAAUUGCAGGAGAACAUUUUUUCCAAACAAUAAAAACAUCGACAUAGAUAUUUUUAAUGAACAUUGGAGCCCAAACUUAAUAUUACUAACAAAUAUGUGGAAAAAUCUUUGACAUCUUUUAUCAUAUCCUGAGCAGCGUUUAUAUAUUCCUCAGAUAUUUUGAUGAAUUAUCAUAUUAUCCAUCAUUUUCAUGGAUGGAUAAUUAUAGAUUAUCUGAAGUUAAAACUCUGGCUACUCUAAAACAUUAAUAUUACUUCUAGUCAGAACGAUGGCCAGAUUUUAAAUCUUAAAAAUAUAUAUCUUAAAAUAAUAAUCUGUAUCUAAAAUAAAUGGUUGUUAUAAGCAUUUGUGAGCUAUAGAAGGAUUUUUUAUGUUCAUUUUUAUUUUUAAACCUUGCCCAAUAUCCACUCUGCUCUACAUUUUCUGCCUCUUUGAUUUUUUUUAAUUUAUGUUGGUUUUUUAAAAACUUUUUAUUGGACAACCAGCUGAUUUUAAUGGUUUUCUUUUCUGUUCUGAUGCAACGUAUGGCUAAAAUAAAUGGGAAUUUUGAACCUUUUUACACAGCUUUACCAGGAAUCCAAAACAUGCAGAGGAUGUUAUAAAUUUCAUCACCAAACUGAUUUUUCACGACUUUAUUAGCCAUCACAUCAGAUUUUUAGCUCUAGUAACCAAAAAAUACUCUUAAAUCAGCACAUUAAAGUUAUCUUACCUAAGCAGAUAUUUAUUUUUAUAUUUAUGCAUUUUUCUAGCUCAAAUGCUUUACUGAGGGUUAAAACGGCUUAUUUGUCAUUAAAAAAACAGCUUUUUUCAUCAGUUUGAAACUUGAAAAUCAAAACGGAUUCGGACUAUAAGCAAGCCGAGUUUCUCCAGUGGUGGUCCAUCAGGUUUCCAGUGGCCACAUUAAGUCCUGCGCCAGAAGGGAGAGGUUCUGCGGUCAGAGGGUGUUUUUUUUUUUUUUUUUUUUUUGUUCAGAUUCAGCACUGAAGGGAAAUGUGCGCCGUCCUCACCCAUGUUUCAGCUCAGAUGGGGAAAACUGAAACACGGGUGAGGUCUCCUGCACCCCUAACAAGCCGUAAUUAUGCUAUUUUUUAUAUUUGCAGGGUUUAAUUAGAAGCAGCUCUCCCGAGUAACAUUGUGUUCCCCGACCUUACGUUGCGCCGACAAGCAUAAUUAUGGAGUACGAAAAAAAGUGUCGUUCCGUUUCCAUCAGUGCUGCAGGCCUCAAACGAUCAGCCUGGUGAAAUGUUCAAAGGUCUGCAAGGCAGGUCUAUUUUUGGAGAGAACAGCAAUUUUGCAGAGGAGGGCAGAGGAGAGGAGGCAGAGCAACUCUUUCAUCAUCCCUGAUGUCGUAAAUUAGAAAUAUGGAACUGAAAACUAGUCUUCAAGUCUGAAAAUAGUGCAAAAAUACUUCAUUCCCUCACAAUGUUACGGAUGGCAUAUGUUGUUUAUCUGUUUUAAAUUGUAGCAAAGUGUUUUCUUGUAUAUAUGUGGGAUAUUGUACAUGAUAAAUUAAUUGUGAUUGAAAUCUGAUUAUUAGUUUGAAAUAAAAAGAGCACUUGUUUAUUAUUGGAA